UCCUCCAGCUGUGCUGUUACACUGCACUAUAGAGCAAGCAACUAUCGUCCUUGACCCCACCAUUCUAAAGGCAACCUCCUUGUAGUGAUCUCGGCGGAAAGCAUGUUUUCACCGUUAUAUAACAAACACGAUCAGUCAACCAUUAUCAAACACAAAUAACAAAAGAUGGAAGAUUUGGAUGUGUGUGCUUUAUGACGAUGGGGAAGUGAUGCUGGCUAAUUAUACACACAAUGGGCUAACCCAGACACCUGUUACUUUCAUCUCAUCCCCUUAGAGCUGAUCAAUGUUACACUUCUUUCAGUACUCGAUCUCACACACUGAAAGCAGGCAAUCUUUUAAAUCUCUCAUGUGAACAAUGUUCUUCCAUUUGAUGCAUGUGGCACUGCUUGGCCAGUGGUGUUGUCUCACCACAUCAACAGCUAGCGUUUCUUAUCCCAAAACUCUGCCCUGUGAAGUUAGAGAGACCAACAACGGGAGUGAGGUGACGGUGGACUGCACUGAGAAAAGUCUCAAAGAUAUCCCACGUGGCAUCCCAAGAGACACUACCAAUCUGACGCUCACCAUCAACCACAUUCCUAAAUUAAACUCCACCUCCUUUCAUGGUCUGGAGAACCUGACUGAAAUAGACAUGAGGUGCAACUGUGUGCCCAUCAAAAUCGGGCCCAAGGACCGCAUGUGCACAGAGAGUGUGAUCAUAGAGGAAAACACCUUUACCAGCCUGAGGAACUUGCGAGCAUUGUAUCUAGACGGCAAUCAACUCUACAGUAUUCCUAAAGGCCUCCCUCCGAACCUGAUCCUGCUAAGUUUGGAAGUGAAUCACAUUUUUCAUAUUUCAUCAGCAAACCUCUCUGACAUUAGAAAUAUUGAGAGGCUGUACCUCAGUCAAAACUGUUAUUUUCGUAACCCAUGUAAUGUUUCCUAUGAAAUAGAGGAUGAUGCUUUUUUACAGCUUAACAAUUUAACGUUGUUAAGUCUUAAGUCCAAUAACCUAUCCUUCAUUCCACAUCGACUACCCACAAGUCUGAAGGAGUUGUACCUCUACAACAACAACAUUCAAGAAGUCACUGAUGAGGAUUUCAAAAACUUAACCAACCUUGAGAUUCUAGAUAUUAGCGGAAAUUGUCCUCGAUGUUACAACGCUCCUUUCCCGUGCAAUCCGUGCCCAAAUAAUUCCCCACUUAAAAUCAACAAGACAGCGUUUAAAAUGUUGACAAAGCUAAAAACCCUGCGCCUGCACAGUAAUUCUCUAACAUGUGUGCCAUCUGAGUGGUUUGCCAGCACAACAGAGCUAAGAGUUCUUGAUCUCUCAUCCAACUUUUUAGCAAGAGCAAUAGGGGUCACAGACUUUCCACAUUUCCUGGGCAAACUGGAAGAACUGGACCUUUCAUUUAACUAUGAGCUUCAGAGGUACCCUGAAACACUGAGACUGAGCUGCAAUUUCUCAUCCCUCAAAUCCCUUCGAAUUCUCAGACUGAAGGGCUUUGUGUUUCAGCAGUUAAAGCCAGAGAGCAUUGCUCCUUUAAAAACUCUCACAAACUUGGAGGUUGUGGAUCUGGGUACAAACUUUAUCAAAAUGGCCAACCUUAGUAUUCUGAUGGAAUUAAAAAGCUUUAAAAUAAUCAGUCUGUCUGACAACAAAAUAUCAUCCCCCUCUGACGGCCAAGAUACUGUCGGUUUCUCUGGGGGAGAGCCCUUGUACUGGUCUCCCAUGUCGCCUGUAGAUCAGUACCAAAGUAAGGAAGUGAGAGAGAUUCAUUACUUUAGAUAUGAUGAAUAUGCUCGCAGCUGCAAAUACAAAGAUAAAGAACUUGGAACGAUUACAUCCUUUGUCAAGAAGAACUGCAGUCAGUUUGGCAAAACCCUGGAUGUUAGCAGAAAUAACAUAUUUUUCUUGCAUUCAAGAUUUCUAAAUCUCGGAGAGCUUAGGUGCCUGAAUCUGUCUGGAAAUGCAAUGAGCCAAAGUCUGAAUGGCUCUGAAUUUAGCUAUCUGACUAAUUUACAAUAUCUGGACUUCUCCUCAAACCGCCUGGACCUGCUCUACUCCACAGCGUUUCAAGAGUUAAAAAGUCUGGUCAUCUUGGACAUAAGUUACAACAAUCAUUACUUUGAGUCAGAGGGCUUGACUCACAUGCUUAAUUUCACUAAAAAUUUGAAAAAUCUCAAGACAUUGCUCAUGAACCACAACCAGAUCUCUACUUCCACCAACACAGAGCUAGAGAGUGAAUCUCUAGAGAGGUUAGAGUUCAUAGGUAACAGGUUAGAUAUGUUGUGGAGGGACGGGGACAUUAGGUAUGUAAACUAUUUCAAGAAAUUACAUAAUCUGACUGUGCUUGACAUCUCUCACAACAAUCUUAAUUUCAUUCCACAAGAAGUGUUCAGUGGUUUUCCGGACAAACUUUCUGAGCUCUACAUCAAAAAUAACAAACUAAAAGAUAACUCCUUUGAUUGGGAGAAACUACAACUUCUAAAUUCUCUGCAAGUCUUAGAUCUCAGUGGGAACAGCUUAACUACUGUUCCGCCUAUGCUGUCAACAUGUACCAAAUCUCUAAAGAAGCUCCUGUUACAUAAAAACCAGAUCAUAAAACUCACGCCCGAUUUUCUCAAGGAUGCCUACAACUUACAAUAUCUGGAUCUUAGUUUUAACCACAUACAGCACAUUGACAAAUCUAGCUUUCCAGAUGAUGUCGUCAAUAAGAUGACAAUGCUGCUUCUGCACAAAAACAGAUUUGUGUGCACUUGCAACUCUACUUGGUUUGUCACAUGGCUCAACAGGACCACAGUGCCCAUCCCAAGACUGGCCACGGAUGUUACCUGCGCUAGCCCAGGGGCACAACGAGGUCAUCUUGUGCUCUCAGUGGACCUGUUGGCCUGCCAGCACAACUACCUGUCAAUCAUCCUCUAUAUACUCAUGACUUCCCUUGUCCUCAGCUUUCUCACCCUGUCAAUCUCCAGCCAUCUCUUCCUGUGGGACGUCUGGUACGUCUACCACUUCUGCAGGGCAAAGCUCAAAGGCUAUGGCCGCCUGUAUUCCCAAAGCUCCACCUAUGAUGCCUUUGUGAUAUAUGACAAGGAGGAUGUGGCGGUAACAGAGUGGGUGAUGAAGGAAAUGGUUGCUCACCUGGAGGACCAUGUAGACUGCCGGCUGACGCUUUGUCUGGAGGAACGGGACUGGAUCCCUGGAUGCCCCCUGAUCGACAACCUCUCCCAGAGCAUUCACAACAGCAAGAGGACUGUGUUCAUUCUCACCAGCAAAUAUAUCAAAAGUGGGAACUUCAAGACAGCUUUCUACAUGGCCCACCAAAGAUUAAUGGAUGAAAAAGAUGAUGUCAUUGUACUUAUCUUUUUGGAGAAAGUACCUUGCAACUCAAAGUACCUGAGAUUAAGGAAGAGACUGUAUAAGCGCUCUGUGAUGGAGUGGCCAACAAACCCUCAAGCCCAGUUUUACUUCUGGUUCAGCCUGAGAAGUGUUUUAGCAACUGAAAGUCACAAACAAUACAACAAUCUCUUCAAAGAGACACUGUAAAACAAUAUACUGUCAUACUUAGUUCCUUCAUAAUUAGAGUUGGCACUGAAUGUACAUCUGUAAAUGAGUUACAAUGUGUGAACAUCCCACUUGUGAAUGUAAGAAAAAGACAACAGAUUGAAUUAAAUUACUAAUUGUUUAUUAUAAAUUCCCUUUUACUGUCAAUCAGUAGGGAACUGGUCGUCACUCUUUGUCAUCUACACAAAGAAAACAAUAUAACUUUUUCCAUGUCAUAAAAAAAAGGAAGUGAAACAGAUGUACUUCUGCAAUUGAGGGGCUACUUCUGCACCAGAACCUCUUUGUAAGAACCAGCCAGCUUGCUGCUUUUGUUUGACUUCAGCGUGUGUGUUGUAUUUUAUAGAUUUUAAGUUGGAUAUAUUAACUUUGGUUUCAGCUUUACUUGCAAGUGCCAUUGCUUUUUUGUCAUUCAAGAAUCAAUACCGUGCAUGCACAAUGGUGAGUUUUAUUGAUAAAAGUUUCUCCAUACGUUUUUUUAAGCUUUACUCUAUCAAUAGUGGAGAAUAGAUUUAAAUACUGAAAGUAAAAUAAAUGUUUUACUCAUCCAACGCUUGUUAUGGAUUUACUGGUUAUCUGUUUGAGCUUUUUAAUUGGAUGUUUCUGUAAUAUGAACUGUGAGGGUUUUGUCUUCUAUGAGGAACAUUGUGGCACUAGAUGAUACUUGUACUGUGUAUACAUUUAUUUGACUAUAACAACUUUGACUAUUUGAAAAUAUUUUGGCACAUUUUAUAAUGGAGUGUUCUACAUUAAACAAUUUACAUUAAAAUGUAUUUACAACUGUGUGAACAAAAAGAUUAUAUUUUUUCUAUGAGUAUAAAAAACAAGCAGCGGUCUGUCGUUGGAUUAGUGAUUACAAACUCAUACUGUGCCGCCAAACCCACAUAACAAACAUAAUACGUGUGUCAGGACGACAUCUUGCUAAAGGGGUCUAAAAUAAUUUAUAAGAAAUAAAGGGGAAACCAGAUG